AACACCAUCGUUCAGUCGAGAUGUCACCACGGGUUUUGGGAACAACGAAAUGGCUCUGGUGUUUUUUCGUGCUCCAAGGUUCCUGGGUCCCGGCGAGGGCCGUCACAGUUCGAACUCCACCCAGCAAUCCGGCCACCGUCGAAGCACAGGCUAAGUUCUUUCAGUAUAGGCACUUGCCCACUUCCGAGGACUUCGAUCAGGGGCACCGGUUGGGGAGCGAACACCACUUCACUGAACGACACGAGAGGUCUCGCCCCUCUGCUGGACUUUUCUCUGCUAAAGUGCGAUGGGGGGAUAAAAAAGGGGGCUACGGUGAGCAUUAUUGGGAUUUGAACCACGCAGGUCACUCCGGCAAUAACGAUAAUGAUGGUUACGAGAAUCAUUCCGAUGACAGUCCCUAUGGCGAUAAUGAGCAUCAUGACUCUUAUGAUGAACCCAGUGAGCAGAGCCCGAUUUAUGAAAAGGACGAGUAUGACCCGGAGAAGGCGAGCUACGAUGAAAGCGGCCGAUCGAAGCGUGCCCAUCCGCGGGCGAAAGUCGAACGCAGAGAGCUUACCGCGUUGCCGGAGAAAAACAAAGAAAUCUCGGAAGAGGCCGCGGAGCAACACGACACGCCUCAACGAACAGAUGUAGAGCAAAAGAAACCCAGACGUCAUCAACAGCAGAGGAGGGAUAAUGAUUCGAAGGAAACCAGAAAUCAAGUUGUUCUGGUCGUGAGUCAUAAAAACGAGGAAGAUGUAAGUGAAAAGCCUAAAAGACAGCCUGAAGUUAAGGCUCAUUUUGUUCCUUAUGAAGGCGGUGCUGGGGUGAGGCAGCAUCAGCCACCUGAAGCCACGGUGGCUGCUUCGGUGCCAAGACUUUUCCUGGAACCCUCGACGGGACAUGUCGUUGAUAGGGCCACAGGACAAGCGUAUGUCUUACAGCCAGUUGCAAAUUAAUAGUACAAGUAAUAUUUAAGUGAACGUGUGUAAUGUUUUUAGUUUCUAGUUAUUUAUUUUAAUAAAGUUUUU